UACAUGCGAGAAUCGGUUAUCGUGCAGACAAGUCUCUGUCGUCCUGCUGCGAGGAACGUUUCAACGACGAUCGUGCUAACAAUAAGAGAGAUCGAGAGUGACCGCGAAGAUCGCGCAGGAACGAAGAACGUCUACUAGUCUGAGAACAGCGAGGGACAGAUCGAAGAUGUCUUUCGAAAUUGAGACAAAUCCACCGCGACCUGAAUUUAUGGCUGUGGCCGUAAAAGAACUCAGGGAGACCGAGGAAAACGUGAAGGAAGGCAUCGAGACUCUGAAGAAGUUACUCGAAGCGGAGGAGGAUCUCUACUACAGCACCGACGAAGAGUUACUCAUAAAAUUCCUACGGCCAUGCAAAUUCUAUCCGCAAAGUGCACUGGAACUUAUGCGAAGAGUCGCACACUUCAAGGAGAAGCACCAUGCCCUGUUGUACAAUCUGAUGCCGAAUGACGAAAAAGAAGCCUUCUUGAAUCACAACAUCGUAAACGUCUUGAACUACAGAGAUCACAAGAACCGUAGAAUACUGCUGGUAAAUUGCGGCAAACCUUGGGACCCAUCCAAAGUCACGGCUGAUCAGAUGUUUCGGGUCUUCUACAUCAUCCAUCAGCUGGCCGCGCUGGAACCGGAAACGCAGAUAUGCGGCUCUGUAGUGAUAAUGGACUUUGACGGGCUGUCAAUGAAGCAAGUAAUGGGUCUAUCUCCAUCUUUUAGCAUGACGCUUCUCAGUUUCAUUCAGGACGCGAUGCCGUUGCGCCUGAAAGAGGUUCACAUCGUGAAGCAACCGUUCCUGUUCAACAUGGUGUGGCAAAUGUUCAAGCCAUUCGUCAAGGAGAAGCUGAAGAAGCGUAUGUUCUUCCACGGUACCAAGAUGUCCUCCCUUCACUCUCACAUCCCUCCGAGUCACCUGCCGAAAAAUUACGACGGUCAAUUGCCGCAAAUAAAUUACAGCAGUGCUGACUGGUACCCGUCGAUGAUCCAACACGAGCAUGCGAUUCAGGAAUGGAACACGUAUGGACUUCGUAAGAAAUAAGUCAAAUGUUGUCCAUUGGGCACAUCGUCGUCGUCGUCGUUGUCGUCGAGUCACACAAUCGUGGUGAAGUUAAGGAUUAAUUUGCACAAUUUAUCGGGCAUUGAACUUUGGACGUCGGAAGGAUCCAUUGUGUAUUAUAUAAUGUAAUAGUAUAUAAAGUAAAAUGUAUUUAUGUACAUAA